AGUACUAGCAGCAUCUUCUCAUUCCCCUUUUAACUUUCACCAUGCAAAAUGCAAGUUUUUCAUCCAGAGGUGAAUGAUAAUACGUGUGAUCACAAAUUCCAUAUAUUUCCAUCCCCAUAUGGAAACACGGCCGGCGAGUAUGGAAGUGAGGAAAGACACAUUGACUACUGGCCUGGCGAUGGCUGUAUACCAUCUGUCCUCUCAUCUCUCUCUCCCUCUCUCUCAUCUCUCUCUCUCUCUCGUACACAACCGACCUCUGCAGCUUCCUUUUUAUUUAGUCACCAUUGUCUUCUUCUUCUUCUUCUUUUGCCACGAGGCACAUCAUUGGAGGUGAGGUGGGGAGAGGAGAGAUCCCUUCCAAGAGCAGAGCAGAGCAGAGCAGAGCAUUGGAGGAUGGACCAAGAACUGCCGCUUGAGGUCGGGGAGUUCUCCAUCGCCAUGGACGCGUCGUCCCUCGCCGCCCUCUGGCCGCAGCUCCCGCCGGAUCUCCAUUCCACUUACCAAGACCAAGAGAGCAUGGAGGAGGUGAAGCGGAGGCUGGCCGCGGCCAUGGCGGAGCUGGAGGUGGCGAGGGAGGAGGCACACCGCAAGGAGCAGAGCAUCGCCGCCCUGGUGGACCUCGUGCACCGCACGGCCGAGGAGCGUGACCAGCUCCGGCAGCACCUGUUGCUGGCCCGCGACCUGGUGGCUGCAACGACAUCAAGCAGCAGCGACUCAGGUCACAGCCUCCCACCCUUCUCCCCGCCGGCCGUCCAUCACCCCACUUUGGCCGCCCUGCUCGAGGACAGGAGCACGGCCAUGGCCAACAAUGACAGAAGCACACCCGUUGCUAUCGUCGACGACGACGACGACAGGACCUCGGCGGUGCUCGAGCAGCUGGCGGCCAAGAGACCGUUGCCGCAGCGAGGGCGGCUGCUGCAGGCGGUGAUGGAGGCGGGGCCUCUCCUGGAGAGCCUGCUGGUGGCAGGGCCUGUGCCGCAGUGGCGCAACCCACCGCCAGUGCAGCCGGUUCCCAGCCCCGUCAUAUCGGCACCUUCAGGCUCUCGUGCUCCCAUGGGUUGGGGGCCAUGGUAGCACUCACCAACAUUUUCUACUCGUCGACCCUACUUGAAAUUGGUGUAUUUCAGACUUACCUAGGCACCAAUCAUAUACCAUCAGAAAAGAAACCAAGGUGCCAGCGACUAUGAACAGUUUUGUAAUAUUUUUGGACUGAACUUUUCUGAAUUGAUUGAACAUACAGAAGAAAAGAAAAGGUAAAAUUCUUCAAAUCUCUCUCUCUCUAUAUAUAUAUAUGAUGUAAUGCUGAUUCCAUGGGGAAACCAAGGUUACAGGCCGCAGAAACAAGAAACAACACCCGGUCGCAUCGACAAGAUACAAGAGGGGAAACCAAUUAUUGGCUUGAACUUGUCUUGAACAAUGAUCAUCAUGAAUAAAACAGGCCGCAUUUGUGAUAAUGUUACAGAGACAAACCUCAUACCUCUCCCCAACAGUGAUGGUAUUGCCUGUGUCGGUAUGACAAGUACAUGAAUCAUGAAAACAUUCGAUGAAAGAGGCAAAAAAGAAAA